AUGCCCGAGAGGAAGUCGGUUUGUUGUUGGACUUGUUUGGUUUCUGGGUACGCUCAAUUUGGAUUGGUGGAGGAUGCCCUGAGGUUGUUUGCGAGAAUGGUUGAGGAAAAUCUGCGGCCGGAGGAUGACACCAUGGUCGGGGUCAUUUCCGCGUGCUCAAAGCUCGAGACCGGGGAAAUCGAGCAGUGGGUCAACAUGUUUACCGAAUUUGGUGAUCAAAUUUGUGAUUUUUCGGGCGAUGCGGUUGAUACAGUUCUCAUUUAUCUCUACGCAAGAUGGGGCCGGAUAGAAGAAAGCAGAGAUCUGUUUGAUAAAAUGGUACGCAGAAGAAGCGAAAAUCUGAGUGUUAUCGCUUGGAAUGCCAUGAUCGGCGGAUACGUGCAAAAUAGUCGGCCGGUCGAUGCUCUGGGUCUUUUCCAUCACAUGCUCGAUAUUUCGAUUACAAAACCUAACCACGUGACUAUCGUGAGCGUGCUCUCGGCUUGUGCUUUAGUUGGUGAUUUGAAUCUUGGGAGAUGGGCUCAUGCAUAUGCGAAAUCAAGAUAUAGCAAAUUGCUCGCGGAAUCUAACAAGAUUCUUGCUACUGCUUUCAUAGACAUGUAUUCCAAAUGCGGGAGCUUAGAGGAGGCGGAGGAUGUGUUCGAUCAAAUGGCCACGAAAGAUGUGGCCUCUUUUAAUGCCAUGAUUAUGGGACUUGCCACGAACGGUCGAGGAAACGAGGCUUUGAAGUUGUUCUUCAAAAUGGACAAGCACGGCGUAAAGCCAAAUGACGGUACAUUUCUAGGCUUGUUGUGUGCUUGCACCCACUCAAGAUUAGUCGAAGAAGGAAGAAAGUUUUUUAAGGAAAUGCACGAGAAAUACAAUGUCGUCCCCAGAUUAGAACACUACGCUUGCUUCGUCGAUCUCAUCGCACGCGCUGGUUUUAUCGAAGAAGCGCUUCAGGUCGUAAACACGAUGCCGAUUGAACCUAAUGGGCUUGUUUGGGGAGCUCUCCUUGGGGCUUCUCUGGUCCACUCGAAAGUAGAUAUUGCUCGAGAUGUCGUGGAAAGGCUAUUUGAUGUGGAUCCUGAAAGCUCUGCAGGUUAUGUAUUGCUGUCUAAUGCUUAUGCGACAAAUUCUAGCUGA